UGAAGGGUACUGUACUAACAAUUGCAAGAUGAAAGUAUCUACUCUCUGUGUGGCAUUACAAGUGUCCUUAGUAUUAUCGUUUCCUACUUUUUUCUUUCCUAAUUGGAAACAAUUCCAAGUUCCAUUAUUAUCCGGAGCCCAAGAUGAGGAACGAUUAAUUAAAUUAAGUCCUACUGAAUAUUCUAUUAUUAAAGAAUCUGAUAAAACUAGAUUAAGAAGAUCUAAUAUUAAUUUUAUUGAUGUAACUGGUCAAAUUUCUGUUCAAGAAGCUAUUGAAAAAGGUUAUCUUGAAGAACCAUCUUCAAAGACUUUAUUACAAGAUUUACUUUUAGUUGGUUCAAAACAAUUGAGUACAAUUAAAGAACCUCCAGUUUAUAAUUAUCCAACUACUGUUAAAUAUGAAAGUGAAAUAAAAAAAUUAUACAAUGCUAUUGAUAUUGAUUUAGUAUAUCUGAAUUUAGCUAAUUUUACUUCAUUCUUUACAAGAUACUAUAAAUCAAAGAGUGGAGCUGAAAGUAGUCAAUGGUUAUUUACACAAAUUUCUGAAGUAAUUGAACCUGUUUCUGAAAAGGUUACUGUCAAGAAAUUUCAUCAUGUUGGAUGGGACCAAUUUUCCAUAAUUGUUACUAUUCCUGGUGAAAUUAGCGAAAAAGUUGUGGUUGGAGCUCAUCAAGAUUCUAUUAAUCUUUUAUUCCCUAGUUUAUUACCUGCUCCAGGUGCCGAUGAUGAUGGUUCAGGAACUGUUACCAUUCUUGAAUCAUUAAGAAUCUUGAUAAAUGCUUACGAAAAAGGUUUAUUCAAACCAUAUAAUACUUUAGAAUUCCAUUGGUAUUCAGCAGAAGAAGGUGGAUUAUUAGGUUCUAUUGAUAUAUUCUCAACUUAUUCAAGAUCUGGAGAAGUUGUUGUUGGAAUGUUACAACAAGAUAUGACUGGCUAUACUGCUACAACUAUUGCAGAAGGUAUUGAACCACAUUUCGGUUUAAUUACUGAUUACACUUCUAAGUAUUUAAAUGAUUUUAUUAAAUUAAUCAUUAAUAAUUAUAAUUCAAUUCCAUAUCAUGAAUCAUCUUGUGGAUAUGCAUGUUCGGAUCAUUCCUCAGCUUUAGAAAAUGGAUAUCCUUCAGCCUUUUUAAUUGAAGCAGAAAUGAAAUAUACUAGUAAAUAUAUUCAUUCUGUUUCCGAUACAAUUGAUAGAAUUGAUUGGGACCAUGUUAAGGAACAUAUUAAAUUAACUAUUGCCUUUGCCUAUGAAUUAGCUUCUGCAAAGAAGUUACAUUAAAGUUUUUCUUUUUUUUUUUAUUUGACUUAAAGAAUGUUCUAUAAAAAGUAUUCGCCGCCUCUGUUUCUAAUCAAUAUAUGAUUUUUUCAUUUAAA